AUGGAGCGGAUUUCAAUCGCAGGCGUUCUCCUCUCCUGGUGGCCCUUGGCCUUGCGGUGGGGAGGACAAGAGGAUCAAGAUCGAAAGUGGACCGGUAUAGAUUCGUUUCUCAAUCCCCAAUUCCCUCAUGUCACUGCACUACCCAGCUGGAAGCUCGAGAACCCAGUAGUAGAAGUAAACGACAUCGACUUCAAAUGCCGUCUAGACUCUCAACUCCUGCGCGCAAUCGGACACCCUGCUUCUGCGCACGAACGACAAGACCUCGGUUCCUGA